AUGUGGCAUGGUAUUUGGCAUAAGUUGUAGUGCCUUAAUCGUUUAAUCAAAAUUAUUUUUUGAAAUAGUAUGUCUUCUAAAAUUUCUUUGUAUAGCAUUUUAGGAGUUGAUAAAGAUGCUCCUCAAAAACAGAUAAUAAAAGCGUUUCGCUUACUGGCGAUUCAACUUCAUCCUGAUAAGCGUCUUUCUGACAAAAAAGUUGCAACAGAAGAAUUUCAAGCAUUACAAACGGCAUAUGAAGUCUUAGGAGAUCCUCGCAAAAGAGAAAUUUAUGAUUCAACAGGAGAGAUAUCCGAUGAUCUUGAAAUCAAAGUCUCUAAAUGGAGAGGGAAUCGGGCACCCAUUACACUUGAGGAAAUUGUGGAAUAUGAGAAAUUGUACAAAGGUUCUACAGAAGAAAAGCAAGAUUUAGCACAAAUGUUUUUAAGAUUUAAUGGAGAUGUUAAAAAUAUUUUAGAAUAUAUUCCUUUUAGUAAGCCCUGUGACGUUGAUCGUUACAUAAAAGUAUUACAAGAUAUGAUCGCGGAAAAAGUAUUGACGGUGACGGAAGAAUCUUUACGUCAGUUUAGAAGAUCCCAAAAAAUUUUGUUAAAACAUUGCGCAAAAUAUAUAAUAAGAAGUAAAAAAGAGAAAAAAAAAUGUCGAAAAGAAGCAGAACCUUCAAGUUUAGACGCUUUAGUUCAAGCGAUUCAAGAAAAAAAACAGCAACGCAAGGAGAGUAGCUUUUUUGACGCUCUAGAGGCGAAGUAUUGCAAAACAAAAAAACCUAAAACUUUUUCCUUAUUUUAAUUAAAAACAGGUACUCUUGUAACUUAGAAACGGCACAAAACUGAAUUGCAACUGAACACGUGUUACUAGUAUAUUAAUGUGGUACUAAUUUCUUUUCGAGAUUAAAUUUACAGAUAAAGAUGUUUUUUGAAUUUUAAAAAUAAAAUGUGACAUAAGUGAAUAGAUAUGUCAAAUCAAAAGAAUAUGAUUCCUGUUAACGUUUCCAUUCCACCACCACCGGAGUACCCUAUCGAAGCUCCCAAUUUGACCGAUUCAAUAACAAACAUGAAACAAAAUAUUUUGCUACACACCCAACAACCUCCUUCAUGUAUUUCUGUAGAAGGUGUGAAUACUAAGGUUUUUGGAGAUGUCAAACUGACUUUGGACGAUUUGAAAGCUAAUGUUCUCGGAUAUUUUUCAGCAUUGUACAAACCGCAUGGAAUUACAAUAGAAGAAAAGAUAGCCGAUCUUCGAAAAUCGUAUAACAUGUUUGAGCCACAGUUUGAUAGUAAAAAUAGGUUUUCAUGUCAUAGCACUUUCAAACCAGAAUUUUUUGAAGAACCAACAAAUUUGCGCAUCAAUCCACUAACAAUGCUUCCUUUUGAAUACAGUGAUUAUCAAAGGCUUUGUGGUCUUCGUCCCAGUGGGCUUUCUUAUCAAGAUCACCAAGAGCCUAAUAAAUUACAGCACCAUACACCUUUUACAGUGCCUUUGUCGAUACUAGACGAGAACGGUACUGUAAGAAAACCUCUCUCACCCACUCUUUCUAAGCCAUUAACUUCCUUAAAUGCAAAUAUAACGAAUUCUGAGCCUUUAAAUCAUCAUUAUGCUCAGAGCUUUCAUGCACCGUUAAAUUUCGAUUCUUUAUUGUCGCCGUCCGCUACACCGCGCUUGACUGUGAGUCACGACAAUCUAUCCGGUUCAACUUUCUUAACUUCUACUCGUUUGAAAGAUUCAACACCAUAUUCCAGCUCACAUCACGUUUCCUCACCUAUAAAUGAUAACUAUGUAAAGGAAGGGCUAACACAGAAUUUGGCUCAACAGUACUUUGAUAAGAUGAAACAGCUUAAAACAUGUGCUCCUUUAGGUGUCACAGAUCUCGUCCAUGAUGUUAAACUUCAGGUUGAUAAGGCAACUCAUCGUUUAGACAAUCUUUCAAGCACGUUAGCCCGUGAAACAGAAAACCCUAGUCUCAAGUCUUACAGUUACACACGAUGUCCAAACUAUAAAAGAAAGCCACGUUUCGGGUCACAAAAGGAAAUGGAAGAAUGCAUGUUACAACUUUAUGCAGAUCUUUAUUCUCAAGUUGAAUGGAACGAACGACGCAUUAAAGCGUUACGGCAAAAAAUGCAACUAUUUCAAAUAACCGCAGCGUCGUUUGCAUCCACUCGUAUAGAUCCGCGCGACGCGUCUUAACCACUUAGUCUCUUUUUUUGCAGCUAGUAAUGUUUUUGAGCCACACCAUUUUUGUGUUACUUAUCAACACAGUUUAUCAAAUAUAAUUUUCGCGGUUGUACUAUUCAACGUGAGCUCCGCGUAAUGCUUUUUAUUUCUAAAGUAGUAAAAGAAUUUUCUUUUCCCUCACUCCGUCUCCGCACAUUUUUAGAAUUUUUUUUUUUUUUUUGUUAAAAACCAUUGAUCUACUCGUUUGUGUUUUUUUAUUCUUUAACGUAAUUUUAAAAAAUUAACUUGUAGGUUAAAUGUUUCUUAACCUAAAACUCAUCAACACUUGUUGCUCUUCAA